CACAAAAAUAUCAGCCAGAUCGACAGUAAAGAAAAAAAGAAAUGAGUAGUACAAUCACUUAUUACUUUGAAGCAUUAAAUUUCAAUGGUAUCUGUAAAAGCCUUGCGCUUGAUUUAUGUCCAUUGAUUGGCCAGUACGAUGGUAUUGAACCUGUCUGCUAUUCUCGUAACGUCGAACUAAGCGGCAACAUUAUCUUUCAGCCAUCCACUUUGAUUAUCGAUGUCGUUGCUAUUAUCAUGACAAUGAUCAUGAUUUAUCACAUUCGUUCUAAAUAUACAGCAGUUGGUCGACAAGAAAUCGUCAUGUUUUUUUACUUGUAUAUGCUUACAACAUUACUUGAUAUGUUGCUUGUUACUGGCAUUAUUCCUAUCUCGUCAGCUCCAUACCCUUGGUUUACAGCAAUUCAUGUUGGUUUGACAUGUGCAACCUAUUGGUGUCUAUUAUUGAACGGAUUUGUUGGUUUCCAAUUUGCAGAAGAUGGUACACCAUUAUCCCUUUGGUCUAUUCGCAUUAGUUCGUUUGUUUGGUUCCUUGUUACUGGUUUCCUUGCCAUUGCCACAUUCAAGGGCGUUGCUGGUUUGAGUUAUACUAGCCAAGGUCCACUUUGGGUCUUUUAUCUUGUAUUAAACUGGCUCAUGUUCUUUAUCUAUAUCAUCUCUCAAAUUGUACUUGUCAUCAACACCUUGGAUGAUCGCUGGCCUUUGGGUGAUAUUUUGUUUGCUGCUGGCUUCUUUGCUAUCGGCCAAGUCUUACUGUAUGUCUUCUCAGUCAUCAUUUGUGAAAACACAAAGCAUUAUGUUGAUGGUUUAUUCUUUGGUGCUAUUUGUAACUUGCUUACUGUCAUGAUGAUUUACAAGUAUUGGGAUUCCAUCACUAAGGAAGACCUUGAAUUUUCAGUCGGUUCCAAGCAAAAUGUUUGGGAAGUCAAAGAAUUGUUGGGCGAAGAUGAAUUAUCUCAAUCUUACAACAGUUAUCAACAAACCCCUUCUACUACACCUCAACAUUAUCAACCUUAUGAACAACACCCUUAUUAGACCUAUUUUUUCUUCGUUUUCUUGUAACUUUCUGCACACAUCUAUAUAUCUAAACACACACAUAUACAAAAAAAAAGAGACAUUCUAUUACCUAAUAAAACUGUUAUUACAUUGUUUUUAUUAAAUCCCCCCUUUUUUUUCUUUUCUCUUCUUUUCUUUUUAUAUAUAAUGCCAACAGAAGAUACAGAGCUACCUUUAGAAUCAGACUUGUAUCAAAC